AAAUCCGAUUGAAGUAAACCCGGGAAUUUUUCAGUUCUCGAACGAAAAAAUUGGAAACCCUUUUCGCCUAGUGUAGACGUAAAUUCGAUUUGUGGUUUGUCAUGAGCGUCACUUCCGUGUUCGCAAGUCGAUAUAAAACAAUUUUUAUUUUGUAUGAUUUUACACAGGAGAUGGCUGGUAAAACUAAAACAUAUUGUUAAGUAUAAACUUGAAUAUGUAUAGAUUCAUUUUACAUAAAGAUGUAGGACUCUGAAUCAAUUUUGAGCUUGAAAAACUCUCACCAAAAAUGAACCCGGAAGUGGAAGGAAAAAAGCAAAAGUUGUCCGACACAGAGGACAAAAAUGCGACAAUCGAGGAAAUAAACGAAAAGGAACACAAUGAAAAGGGAUAUAAAACAAGAUCAGCAACAAAAUCUCUUCCUGAAAAGAAAAAAGAAAUCGAUUAUUCAGCCAAAAAAUUCAGAUUUCGAAAAAGGAAAAAUAGACUGAAUCCACCAAGGAAAAUCAAACCCAGCUCUAUACGUUAUGCAAAUGAAAUCAUCAAAGAACUGAAAGAUGGAAAUAAAGAACUGCAGAAGUCAUUGCAAGAUGAUACCUCUGACUCAUCAGACACAGACAGUUCUACUGAUUCAAAUGAAGAACAAGAUGACAGUGUUUUGAUAAAUGCGCAGUUGGUUACCAAACCAAAAUUGCACAUACAUAAGAACAAACCGGGUUGUAAAUGUGUAAUGUGUUAUGAUCCUCACCAAAAUGACGAUGAUGUAGAGGAACUGUUUCAGGAUAGCGAGCACAUUAGGGGAUCUGAUGAGGACAGUGACACAAGGACAUUAGGCUACCAGGAAGAUGAUAUCAAAGUGACAUGUUACACGACUGAACAGCUACAGGAAAUUCUAGAGAAGGACAUAUCUGAAAGUAUACUAAAUAACCCAAGGAAAAAAUCUUGUUGUGGGUCUGGUUAUGACUGUGGAUGCAAGCUGCAAAAUGUGAUCUCAUUUAUGCACCCUUACGCAGAAAAUCCUCUAAGAACGUUCCCUCAUGGACCUAAUGCCAAAGGACCACAUGUACCCAAGAUGCCAUCCAUAAAGAAGGAGAAAAAACUGAUCAAAAAGAUGAAGACCAAAAAUAAAGCCAAGCAGCUAUGGGAGUUCUUACUAAAUUUGCUUCAAGAUGAGACGUUCUGCCCGCAACAUAUAAAGUGGAUGGAUCGUAAAAAAGGAAUCUUCAAAAUUGUCAACUCAAAGUUUGUGUCUAAGUUAUGGGGUGCACAGAAAAACAACCCACACAUGAACUAUGAAAAUCUGUCACGGGCCCUGAGGUACUAUUACACAAUGGGCAUAUUGAAGCGGGUCCCGGGCCAAAGAUUAGCGUACCAGUUCCAGCACGUCCCAAAAAACAUCAUAGAAAUUGACUGUGGGGAACAGGGUCUCCAGGAGCAACAUCGAUACGUCCUUAGAUACAAAGGAGAGUCUACGGGUAUGGACAGGUUUAUGAAAUACACGGGAGAAACCUCCGGACCAAAUAAAUUCAUGAAAUAUGACGCUACUGGAAGGAGUUUAAGUGGUGCCAUGGAAACACGGGAACACACUGAACCCCAUCAGUAUAUGAGAUACGAUGUCCCUAUUGACGCUGAUAUUGUUGUCAGUUCAGUGGUUGCCACGGAAACUGUAUCCACGACUUGAAAAUAUAAUCUUGUACAGUUUUUCAUUAAAAUUCAUGUUGUAAAUUCCUUGGAUAAAAUUCCAAAAUGGACAUGUUUUACAUGCAAAAUAAAAUCAAUGGUCAAU